GUGUGACUGCCUUCAAUGGCAGCCAUAACAACAAACUUGUAACCUAUUUUCCUCUCCUUUAAACAACUCUUUCAAUUCUGAUCGCUCGAUCUUGGACUCCAAAAUGCAGUUCGACGUCCGAAGGUUUGAUAUCUACAGAAAGGUCCCUAAGGACCUCACAGAACCAACAUAUACUGGUGCUGUUAUAUCCAUCCUUAGUUGUGUGUUCAUGUCAUUCCUGUUCCUCUCAGAAUUUUACAGCUUUGUAACGACAGAAAUUGCUAGUGAGCUAUUUGUUGAUAAUCCAUCACCAAAGAAUGAACAUUUACCAGUAGUACUCAACCUUACGCUUCCAAGAAUGAGAUGUGAAUUUUUAGGGCUUGAUAUUCAAGAUGAGAUGGGGAGACACGAAGUGGCAUUUCAAGAGAACAUAGAUCGUACACCCACUGAGGACGGAGGAGGGUGCAACUUCUUUGGAAAAUUCAAUAUAAAUAAGGUUCCAGGAAAUUUCCAUUUAUCAACUCAUGGUGCUGGAAGACAGCCAGAUGACCCUGACAUGAGCCAUCUUAUCAACUCACUUAACUUUGGUGAAAAAAUUGAGGACAAACUUCCUGGUGUUUUCACAGCUUUGAAAAGUGUGGAUAAAACAGAUGGCAAUGCACUGUCUUCCCAUGACUACAUCCUCAAGAUCGUUCCAACUAUUUAUGAAAAGCUAGAUGGCACUACACAGUUUUCGUAUCAGUACACGUGGGCCUACAAGAACUACAUCUCAUAUUCGCAUGGUGGUUCUGUAUUACCUGCUAUCUGGUUCCGAUAUGAUCUUAGCCCAAUUACCGUCAAAUACAUCGAGCGACGAAAGCCUAUCUACCACUUYAUAACUACUGUAUGCGCCAUUAUUGGAGGUACAUUCACCGUAGCGGGUAUCAUAGACUCUAGUAUUUUCACAGCUUCUGAAAUGUUCAAGAAACACCAAAUGGGGAAGCUCAGUUGAUUGGUCAGCCUUGUUAGGAAGACUUACUCAUAGACCCCUUGCAUGUGACGUCAAAGCAGCUUGAUCUUGGGGAACAAAACAAGAGAAUUCCUGAGAAUUGGAACCUAUUGUUUUGUACCCCAGAUUGAGCUGCAUUCCGAAGCGUUGCAAGGGGUCUAUUCCAAUUAUAUUUUCAUUUGCGCAAAUGGAUGUCUCUACUGUUGCAGCGGCCAUCUUGAAUUGUGAGAUGUCGAGGGCGCAAACGUAGAAAAUUUAUAAAGCAUGGAAGCGGGAUUAUGUUUUGGUAUUAGUGGUAUUUCAUCAAUUGUUCCAACUACAAGCAAAUUCAAUUUGUUUUUAGAUGUGAUUCUCAUUGAAAAGGUUAUAUAAAGAGUAACUACGACAGCUGUGAAGUCUAUGAAUUUUCCAGAUCGCCGCUGUAUCGGUUUAAAGGACUAUCGAUUAAUCUAUGCUUGAGCAUUACGUGUUUUAGGCCCUGGCUAAACGAAGAAAGGUGUUUCCAGAAACAUGUUUACCACGCGCAUGUUUCCUCAAUAUUUCCCAGUUUAGCCACAUGCGAAACAUUGCUUCGUGCAACAAAUUUUGCUUCCA